GUUUCCACAAGACUCUCUCAUUCCCUUCUCUUCGUCUCUGUAUAUAUACAAAAUUCGCAACCUUCUCUGUUCAGUUUCUACGUUUUGUCUACUUGAAAAGGACUGCUCUAAGAUUACAUCCAUGGCGGAAGAAGCUGUGCUUGAUUUGGAAGAACUCAGGCAACUCCAGAACAUCGCCAAGAGGCCUCGUGUUCUCAAUCUCAUCAAUUCCGAGAUUUGCAAUUUGGAGAAGCUGAGACAGUCUGCAAGCGGUUCAAGUGCCAAGCCAGAGGUCGAAGUGGCAGCUCCUGCGUCGGUUUCUUCUUCGGUUAAACCGGUUUCUCCGGCAGUGAACUAUGUAACUCUCGGAACAUUCAGCUGGGAUCAAGACAAUGAAAAAGUCAAGAUGUACAUAUCUUUGGAAGGUGUUGAUCAGGACAAGGUUCAAGCUGAGUUCAAGCCAAUGUCUUUGGACAUCAAAAUCCAUGAUGUCCAAGGGAAGAAUUAUCGAUGUGCCAUUCCCAAGUUGCACAAAGAGAUUGUCCCCGAGAAGUGUAAAGUGCUUGUAAAGCCUAAGAGAAUAGUUAUCACAAUGUUCAAGUCUUCAAGAGGAAACUGGGUUGACAUACACCACAAAGAAGAUAAGAUUAAACCUAGUUUUGAGAAAGAGAAAGACCCAAUGGCUGGAAUUAUGGACUUGAUGAAGAACAUGUAUGAGGGCGGAGAUGAAGAAAUGAAGAAGACAAUAGCAAAAGCUUGGACAGAUGCUAGGUCAGGCAAAACAGCUGAUCCAUUAAAAGGACUGUGAAGCAUCUGUGACCAGUGAGCUCACUGGUCAUGUUUUUUUUGGGCGGACCACUUGUGGUUUUAUCUUCUAGUGAUCGUAUCUGUAAAAGAAGUUGGCAAAACUGAAACACCAGUUUUAGACUUUAGUCGUAUGUUUGCUUCGCUGUUUUGCGUAGUAGUUAUUCCUUUGGGUACUUGACAGUUGUUUGAUACUCCCUAGAAGCUUUCUUCUUUUAGAUUCGACCUACUUGUCUUUUGAAGGAUACAAGCUUAUCGUCUUUUUAUGUGGAAAAUCAUAUUUCUGUUUUUCUUUGAAAUAUAAAUCAUGUGAUAUCAGGUAUCGCA